AUGAAAUAUCGAAGAAUUCCAAAAAAGAACCGGAAGAAGCUAAAAUCGGUAGAUCCAUUCAAUACGAAAGCAGCAGCCCUGAAAGCUGUCGAAAAAACGGCCAAAAACGAUGCGCCAACAAAGAGCUUGGACGAACAGCCAUUGACAAAAGCACAAAAGAAAUUGAUGGCUCCAGGUCUGAUAGUUGACAAAAAAGAGGCUAAAAAGAAAAAGAAAGAGAAGAAUUCUGUAUUGAGAGAGGCUGAGAAGCUCGGUUUGAAAAAAGGACGAUUUGAAACUGUUGAGCGGUUUGUUAGAAGAGUCGAAGGAAUAAUGUACAACAGGAUCCACGAAAAUAUUGCGAUCGCCAAACAAGGUUUGGCUGGAAGAAAACAAGAAGAAAUUGAUGCGGAUUAUGCAAAAAUUGAUGAAAAAGAAAAACGAAAGAAAGAACAGGAAAAAAGAGAAAUUCAAAAUAAAAUCAAAGAAGCGAAAAAACGAAGAGAACAGGAAGCUGAGAAGAAAGAGGAAAUGUUGAAAUCGAAAGAACAACGAAAAUUGGCGAAAAGGCAAAUUGGAGAACAUCAGGAAGAAGAGGAAGAAAAAUCGGACAUCGACGAUGAGGAGGAGCACGAAGAUGACGAUGCUCCAGUUCCCAAAAAAUCUAAGAACGACAAAGAAAAAACUGAGAAAUUGAGUAAAAAAAAUCGGAGAAAAGAAUUUUUGAAAAAUCGUAAAGUGGACGAGAAAAUAAGAAAAGCUGAUGAUGCGAUUUUGAAUGCAAAAGAAAUUGUUGCAUUCGGCGAACGUUACGAUGCUCCCCCGGUUUUUGGCGGAGAUUUGAAAAAAAAAUUUGAGCCAUUAAUGGCGAAAGCUGGACAGAAGACGCUCCUUUUGCAUUCGUUGCUGAAAAAGGGUGACGAGAAAACGAAAUAUCUUGACAAUUCGACUUCAACAAUUCACGAAGAACGUCAAAGAGUCAUUGAAGCAUAUAGAAAAAUGAAAAAGAAAAAUUGA